AUGAAUCAUUUUUUAAUCUUCUUACUUACUAUUUCACCCAAGAAAUCCAUUAGCAAGGUCAUUAAUCAAGAAGCUCCUGAUUUAACCGAUGCUGGUGAGGCUACUGUUGCUACUUUUGGUCCAACGUCCACUGAUCAAGCUCUCACUGCUGCCAAUCCGGUUGUUUCUGCUGCUCCUGUUGGUACUGAUGCUCAAGGCUCAGCUGCUGCCAGUCUAAUGGAGACUAAUAAUCCUAUCAUCACUGCCAGUCAAGAUAUAAUCAAUGGUGGUGUGGAAUUUGAGGCUUGA